UAUCUUGCAUCGGUAACAUCCGAACUUCAGGUGUACUAUGUUGAUCAUAAUACUCGAACUACUACUUGGCAGCGACCUACAGCAGAUAUGCUUGAAGCACACGAACAAUGGCAAUCUGGCAGGGAUCAAGCUAUGCACCAAUGGGAACAACGAUUUCUGCUGCAGGCGAACUCUCUGACGGCCAGUGAUGAUCCGCUCGGACCGCUUCCGGAUGGUUGGGAGAAACGCGAGGAUCCUAAAACAAGACGGAUAUACUUCGUGAAUCAUGUUAAUCGAACCACUCAAUGGGAGGACCCUAGAACACAGGGGUGA